UUUCAGUUUAACACGGUUAACACAAACGUAUUGUCCAACUCAGUUCUAUUCUCAAGUAAUGAAUUGAGUCAAAAAAUAUGUUGGUGAUCCGUUGCAGUAAAAAAUUAGGUGCAGUUCAAGUAGAAAAGGAACACAGCUGAAGUGGUCGGUCCGAAAAAAAAAAAAUGAAUAUGUUACCAGCGACUGUUUUACUCGCCGUCAUAGCAGCAACCGUUUUGAAGGAUAGCGACGCUUACUUGAGCGAGGCGGCAAUUAAAAAAACACAACAGAUGUUGAAAAACGUAUGCUCCAAAAAACAUUCAGUUGGAGAGGAGGUAUUUACUGACAUCAAGAAAGGAAUAUUUCCCGAGAACAACAACAACAUAAAAUGUUACUUUGCCUGUAAUUUCAAAACUAUGCAAAUGAUCAAUCCAAAGGGAAUACUUGAUAAAAAAAUGUUCAAAGACAAGAUGACGAUGUUGGCACCACCAAAUGUACUCGAAAUUUUAUUACCAGCCAUUGACCAGUGUAUUGGAACAGACAAGGAUACAGAAAUCUGUCAGUCCUCGUACAACUUUAUAAAGUGUGCGUACCGCGUUGAUCCUAAAAGUUUAGAGUUUCUACCACUCUAGACGUCGUCACCUUCAAUCAGCAUCUGAUAGAUUCCGGGUACAAAAGAACAUCGAGAUUUAUCGUCCGAAAUGUUUUUUUUUUUUUUAUUAUUAUUAUUAUUGAUAAUAACAAUAUGAUUUAUAUAAAUUAUUGUAGAACAUUGUCUGUGUAUUAAAA